AGGUGCGCUUGCUGCGCGGCAGUGUGCCGGUUUAACGGCGGAGCUGCACGGGCUCUCUCACGCCAUUUCCUCGUGCCGACCCCCCCCCAUCCCUCCGGGAUGUCGAGCAGCGGCUCGGGCUCUUCCUCGCGGAAGGAGUUCGACGUGAAGCAGAUCCUCACGAUCCGAUGGAGGUGGUUCGGUCACCCCGCGGUGCCUCCGCCUCACUCCCCGCCGGCGGGAGACUACUUCGCCGGGCGGAGAGCGCGCGGCAGCUCCGGGGGACGGGGCAUCGGCCGCGGCUGCAGCGACCCCGAUUCCGCCAGCGCGACCCCCGGCCCCGCGGGGCACUGCGGGCUGGUGGCCAGCGGCAGCGCCGGGUCGAACCUCUGUAACGGAAGCGGCAGAAAGUUUGCCGAUCCGGCGGGCGAGCGGGGCGGAGCGGCGGGAGCGACGGGGGGCUCCUGCACCCGCUCCGUCAGUCAGCCCGAGUGCAGGAGCCCCGCCGCCGCGGCGCUCACCUGGGUCUCCCCGCCGCCUUGCCGUCGUUCCCGACCCGCGUCGGGCAUGGAGCCCCCCGGCGGGGGUCCGCUCCCCCAGCUGGUCCCCGAGCCAGCCGCUCAUGUCGGGGACGGAGAGGAGGCGGCGGCGGCGGCGACGGCACCGGCUGCGUCGGGCACCGACGACCACCAGCAGGAAACCGACUCCAGCUCGUGCAGGACGUCCAACAGCAGCGCCACACUGUCCUCGUGCGUGUCGCUGGAGCCAUGUGCGUGUCCAGAGGAGUGCACGUUCACCGCUCUGUCCCACGCCGACAUCACCUUCCGCAAGAUGGAGGGCUACCUGCGGUCCCGGCAGCUGUGUGACGUCGUGCUGGUGGCGGGAGACAGGCGGAUACCGGCACAUCGGCUGGUGCUCUCGUCCGUGUCCGACUACUUUGCGGCCAUGUUCACCAGCGACGUGAGGGAGGCCAAGCAGGACGAGGUGAAGAUGGAAGGAGUGGACCCUGAUGCGCUGUGGGUUCUUGUGCAGUAUGCAUAUACAGGGCGGCUGGAUUUGAGGGAGGACACCAUUGAGUCCCUGCUGUCGGCGUCCUGCCUGCUGCAGCUGUCCUCGGUGGUUCAGGCCUGCUGUUCCUUCCUCACGAAGCAGCUCCACCCCUCCAACUGUCUGGGCAUCCGCUCCUAUGCCGACGCUCAGGGCUGCGGCGACCUGCAGCGGGCCGCGCACGCCCACACCAUGGAGCACUUCUUGGAGGUGGUGGGAGGCCAGGAGUUCCUGUUGCUCCCAGAGGAGGAGAUGGAGCGGCUCAUCACGUCGGAGGAUGUCAACGUGCCCAACGAGGAGACCAUGGUGACGUCUUUGCUGACGUGGGUUCGCCACGAUGCCGCCACGCGACAGCGGCACCUGCCUUCGCUGCUGGCUCACAUCCGCCUGCCUCUGCUCCACCCGCAGUUCCUGGCGGACCUGGAGUCCAACCCUCUGCUGCGGGACAGCAUGGAGUGCCAGCGGCUGCUGAUGGAGGCCAUGAAGUAUCACCUCCUGCCGCAGCGCCAGCCGCUGCUCCAGAGUCCCCGCACGCGGCCCCGCAAGGCCACCGUAGGCGCCAUGUUCGCCGUAGGGGGGAUGGACGCCACGAAAGGUGCGACCAGUAUCGAGCAGUACUGCCUGCGUCGGGACACGUGGAGGCAGGUGGCCACCAUGAGUGGACGGAGGCUCCAGUUUGGCGUCGCUGUCCUCGCCGGCCGUCUCUACGUGGUGGGCGGCCGAGAUGGACUCAAGACCCUCAACACCGUGGAGUGUUACAACCCUCACAGCAAGGCCUGGAGCGUCAUGCCGCCCAUGUCCACUCACAGGCACGGCUUAGGCGUAGCCGUCCUGGAGGGACCCAUGUACGCGGUAGGAGGACACGAUGGCUGGAGCUACCUCAGCACAGUGGAAAGGUGGGACCCCCAAGCUCGCCAGUGGAGCUUCGUUGCAAGUAUGGCAACACCCAGAAGCACAGUUGGAGUAGCUGUACUAAACGGCAAGCUGUAUGCAGUUGGAGGUCGUGACGGAUCCUCCUGCCUGCGUUCGGUGGAGUGUUUCGACCCCCACACCAACAGGUGGACCGGUUGUGCUCCCAUGGCUAAAAGGCGCGGAGGUGUGGGCGUGGCCACAUGGCAUGGCUUCCUCUACGCCAUCGGAGGUCAUGACGCUCCGGCCUCAUCACUUGCAUCUCGGCUGAGCGACUGUGUGGAAAGGUAUGACCCUCAGACAGAUGUGUGGACAGCAGUUGCGCCCAUGAGCAUCAGCAGAGACGCAGUAGGUGUUUGUCUCCUUGGCGACCGUCUUUACGCCGUGGGCGGUUAUGACGGGCAGGUGUAUCUCAAUACGGUUGAAGCCUACGACCCUCAGACUAACGAGUGGACACAGGUAGCACCUCUGUGUCUGGGCCGGGCGGGAGCAUGCGUGGUGGCCGUCAGGCUGUAAAUAAAGAAAGACGCCGACUCCGGUCCGGCCCGCGGCGGACGGUGCGUCUCGGAGGGUCCGCGUUGCUGAAGACCAACGGGGAAACCCGUCUGCCCACCCGGGGAGCCAGAGACUCGACUCCUCGGCGGCCGCCUCUCCUUCAUUUAUGUGUUUUACGGUUGAGUCUUCGUGUUUGAACAUCCUGGUAACUUCUGCCGCAGGAGUGAACCGCCGCCGCGAUGAAGCGCAGUCUGCUGUGUUCACCGCAGCAUGACGGAACACCCGCCUCGCAUUUUUGUUGAUCUUGCCUGUUAGUUUGUUCCUGUAGACACGGGGGGGGACGCACACUCACAGACGCACACUCACACACACACACACACUUGGUUGCUUUCAGCUUCUAUUUCUGCUGAAAGGUGGGAGAGACGUGAAUGAGAUUGGCAAGUUGCCGCAUCACUUUUCGCUCUCGCCUCUCCAAACAAUAUCUGAUCAGCGUCGUAUUGAUGCCAUUUUCAUGUAUUCUCUAGCAUUUCAUUUGGCAGUUGGCGAGUUGCUCUCGUCUUUCUUUCCCUUCCUCGCUGGCGGAUGAAAGAAAGACUUUUGACAUAAUCAGCACAACCUCAAGAACAGCUACACUGUGAGAAGCUGAUGCUCUUUAUACUUCUCAGUCAGAUACAUAUCAUUGGCCUUUUAUCGAAUGUUUCUGUGUGUAUGUCUGCACAGUUACAUCAGCCCACAUCUGAAGCAGUGUACUGUGAUUUAUUGGACAUUAUCACACGAGCCGCAGUGGAAAAUGAUCAAUUCUUCCAUUAUUCAGCAAUUGCCUCCGUUUUUUCCGGUGUUUUUUUACUUUUACUUUUGUCAUUGUUUACAUAAUUGUGAGGCAUUAAGCUCUAGUCUCAGUUUAUAACGUGAGUUUUAAUAAUAUGUUCAUAUUUUUCAUAUUUCUCUCGCACUCAGUCAGCUAUUUACGGGUUUAGUUUUAUACUGGGUCAGGUGAGAAUUUCUGUCUAUUUCUGUGUGUGUGUGUGUGUGUGUGUGUGUGUGU